ACACCGACGUCCAACUACCGCUUCCCACCUCUCCUUCAUUCCAAAGCGCUUCCAGCACGUACCGCCAUUAUGGCCAACUAUCUCGCCUCCAUCUUCGGCACCGAACAAGACAAGGUCAACUGCAGCUUCUACUACAAGAUCGGCGCCUGCCGCCAUGGCGACCGCUGCUCGCGCAAGCACGUCAAGCCAUCGUACUCGCAGACGAUCCUGCUGCCGAACCUAUACCAGAACCCGGCGUACGACCCCAAAGGCACCAAGAUGAACCCGCAGCAGCUACAGAACCACUUCGACGCGUUCUACGAGGAUAUCUGGUGCGAGAUGUGCAAGUACGGGCUGAUCGAGGAGCUGGUGGUGUGUGAUAAUAACAAUGAUCACCUAAUCGGCAACGUGUACGCCCGCUUCAAAUAUGAAGAAGACGCCCAAGCCGCCUGCGACACCCUCAACUCCCGCUGGUACGCCGGCCGCCCCAUCUACUGUGAGCUGUCGCCCGUGACGGACUUCCGCGAGGCGUGCUGCCGGCUGAACUCCGCCGAGGGGUGCGUACGUGGGGGCUUCUGCAACUUCAUCCAUCGCAAGGAGCCGAGCGCCGAACUAGAUCGGGAGCUGGAGCUGGCGACGAAGAAGUGGUUGCGGGAGCGGGGGCGGGAUCAGCGGAGCGCGACGAGGAGUGCGAGUCCGGAGCCGACGAGGAAGAGGGGUUGAUAUGGUGGUGUUGGGGGGGUCCGCUUGUGCUAUGAGGAUAGUUGAACCAGGUCCACCUCGGAUUAGCUGAGGUGGGACUACUGCAUAGGGUUUGGAGUCUGGGAGUCACGGGUAAUUUGUUCAUCGUCUGUAGGAGGUAAAAAGGGAUGAUCUAUUGCAAUCGCUGCAGCGACCGAUUCAAUUGCGCUCCAUUACUUAGUUAAUACCAAACGUUUCGCAAGAUCCAACGAGAUUCAACGAUGCGAUGUGUAUGAGGCCUUUGAAGU